AUGUCACAUCGUAAAUUCGAAAGGCCACGUCACGGUUCUUUAGGUUUCUUACCCAGGAAAAGAUGCAAAAGAUUAAGAGGAAAAAUUCGUUCCUUUCCAAAGGAUGAUAAAGAGAAGCCUCCACAUUUUACAGCAUUUAUGGGAUAUAAAGCAGGUAUGACACAUAUUGUUAGAGAAGUAGAUAAACCAGGUUCUAAAUUACAUAAGAAAGAAAUUGUAGAAGCAUGUACUAUUAUUGAAUGUGCUCCUAUGGUAGUUGUUGGUAUUGUUGGAUAUAGAGAAACACCAAAAGGUUUACGUAUCUUAAGUACUGUAUGGGCUAAUCAUGUUUCUGAUGAAUUUAGAAGAAGAUAUUAUAAGAACUGGUAUAAAUCUGAGAAGAAAGCUUUUACUAAAUCAUUAAAUGUUCCUGAAGCUACAAAAAAUUGUUUAUUAAAAAGAAUAGAAAAAUAUUGUACUGUAUUAAGAGCUAUAUGUCAUACUCAACCUUCUAAAACUCCCUUACGUAUGAAAAAAGCUCAUAUUAUGGAAGUUCAAAUUAAUGGUGGUUCUAUGAAAGAAAAACUUGAAUUUGUUAAAGAUAUGUUAGAAAAAAACUUACCUGUAUCUACCGUUUUUAACCCUAAUGAAAUGAUUGAUGUUAUUAGUGUAACCAAAGGACAUGGUACAAAAGGUGUUGUAAGCAGAUAUGGUGUUAAAAGAUUACCAAGAAAAACACACAGAGGUUUAAGAAAAGUUGCUUGUAUUGGUGCUUGGCAUCCAGCUAGAGUACAAUUUCAAAUCCCAAGACAUGGUCAAAAAGGUUAUUUCCAUAGAACAGAAAGAAAUAAAAAAAUUUACAGAAUAGGAUUAAAAACUGAUAAAAAUAGUGCAUCCACUGAUGCUGAUAUUACAGAAAAAAAAAUUACACCCAUGGGAGGUUUUCCACACUAUGGUGUUGUUAAUGAAGAUUUUCUCUUAUUAAAAGGUUGUGUAGCUGGAACCAGGAAAAGACCAAUCACUUUAAGAAAAACUAUUGUACCUCAAGUCUCAAGAGAUGCACUUGCUCAAGUUUCACUUAAAUUUAUUGAUACCUCCUCCAAAAUUGGACAUGGUAGAUUCCAGACUAGUGAAGAAAAGGUUAAAUAUUAUGGACCACUUAAAAAAGAUUUAAAAGCAUAA